AUGACGCCCGCUCAAAUAGCUGGACUAGCUGUCGCAGUCGGAGCGGCCUUUGUCAUCGCUAUUGGUCUCAUGGGCCUUACAGUAUUUCUGAGAAGACGAAGAGAGCGAAAGAAUGGUAUCCCCAUCGACGAGAAGGCGGGACUAUCACCAGGGCCAAGUACCUACUCGCUACCUUUCGCGCCAGAGUCCCCUGUGCCAGAUCCGCCUAAUCGGUUCCUACUAGCUCCUCCUCCGGCGCAAAAGAGGUCUGACCGAAGCUUGAGAGUUCAGUACGUAGCAGAUGCAGUGCCGAAGCCAUUGAAGCUCAACGCGACUCGCAAUCUCACCGCAUCUUCGGAGCUGUUGCCUGCACCGUCCCACACCGACCUGAACACAAUACAUCCUCUUCUACGUCCUGGUCGUUUUACCCCAGACAAUACGUCCAGCUCUUCCAUCCCACUUGAACAAAUCGGCCUUGCAAUUACCGUCGAGCCACCUCGGCCGGCAGCAAGUCAAAAUGAGCAAAAGAUGCAAGUCCCGGUAGAGGAGAUUGCACAACAACGGCCGACUAUCUCUCGACGCAAUGCCGACAUUUCACAGCGACCGGAUAGUGUUAUGACCCAGACGACCUUGUUCGAAGAGGACGAUAUCCGGAGGGAGUCUAAAUUGCUGCCUGCAUUACCUCAAGUUCCUAUUCCUCCGAUACGUACGUUUCAGCCUUCGCGACCUUUGCCUUCUACGAGCCCUAUUCAAGCUGCGAUGGAGAGCACAGUGACCAGGCGGGUACCGCAACAAUCCGAGCUUUUCUUAGACAUUCCGCUCCGAUACUCAAGGUCGCAACCACCAAAGGUUGAAACAUCGGAGACGCUACCUCGUGGCAAGCGAGUGUCGGCUUCUGCCACUAAGAAAAAGCUGGCUUCCAGAGCUCGGACAUCAGAACACAACCCCAAGUCUGCUGACUCGGAACUCAGUCAUGGUGGGGACAUACCGGACUACUACUUCACCGCUUAUCAGCAGCCCAAGACGAUACACUCAGUAUCGCCUGGCAACCCAGGCAGGCGUUUUCGAUCGAAGGCAGACCAGACAUACGGUAACGGCAAACCGAAGCGCACCUCCAGCAACGUGUCACGAGCGACCUCAAGAGCUUCGACAAAUAUUCGCGACUCCUGGUCAUCACAAACGUCUUUUGAGACGGUUGAACCCGAUGAUCCUACGCCAGAAGAUGGUGAGACCGACAAGCAACUCCAAGACGGCAAGCUCUCGCCCGUAGCGGAAUCUCCCAUUCACAAGCUGCGUUACCCAAAAGUACCACGAACCACGAACCAGCUCGUCCCACGUAGCCCCAAAAGUCCACUAAGCCAAGCUGGUCAAGAUAGUCCCCUUUGGCAAUCGCAACCAUCUUCACUGCUUGUGAAACGGAAAGGCGAGCAAGGCGCUCUCAAACUCGGCAGCCCGUUCAGAUCAGGCUCACCCGACGCGCGGACAACGAGUGAGAUACGCAGGUACCGGCAACACCUUCGUAGCAGCAGUGUCGAAACCUUCAGUCCCGCGCGGAACAGCGAGCGUUCCACUCGUACUCAAAGCAGCCUCUGGCCAAAGAGCCCUGCUAUGUUUGAGCCAGAAGUUGUGCGACCACUUACGAUUCGCAAGACACAGCUGCUACAAACACCAACUCAGGAUAUGGAGGCGUUGAAGAGCCCGGUUUGGGUGCCGAGAUUGACACCUACGAGGCAAGGAAACGAUCUUUUCAUCAAUGUUACCUACUCGAAGCCGGGCCAGCCCAGUAGUGGCACCUCUUCUUACGUUCCCUAA